UCGAAACCUUUCCUUAUGUCAUCAAGUAUAAGCAAAGUAAGGACAAUGUUGUAGCCGAUGCAUUGUCUCGCAGUCAGGGAAGCUCAUGGAGGUGGCCUCAUGGGGCAUUUUGGGGUUGCUAAAACCAUGAAAGUAAUGCAAGACCAUUUUCAUUGGACACACAUGAAGAGAGACGUGGAGAGGAAUUUUGCAAGAAAGGGGGAUGAUGUGAUCAUGGAGAGCACUGGAAACAUAGAGCUAGAACCUGAGGAGGGAGAACUUGUAGCUGAGGAACAAGAGCUCGAACCAGAAGAGGCUUUAGUCAUUCCGAAUGGCCCCAUGACAAGAUCAAGAACCAAGAAGCUUAAAGAAGCCGUUGGAGGAGUUCUAAGACAAGCACAAUAUUCGGCUAAGGAGGAAAAAGAGUUCAUCACAAGUACUUUAGUUGUGAUCCAAGUCCUCGAAGCUUAGUGGAGUUGUGAUCCAAUUUUGUACUCUUUUUCCCCAUCACUAGUUUUGUCCCAAUGGGUAUUCUAGUGAUGGGUUUUUAAUGAGGCAAGAUUGGAUCACCUUCUCAAUAAAGUCCACUAAGUCCAAUCCAAAUGAGACGGCCAAGCGGAGAGG